AUGGCUGAACUACCAUUAACCAAACCAAGGCGCCUGCUUAAUGAAGGAAACAAUGAUGGUCAUUCCAGUGAAGUAACAGUGGCAAGUAAAAGCGUGAAUGCGGCAAUUACAAUGUGUGAUCAAUUGGUAUUGGGGCCAACCAACAAGAAAAAAGCGAUAACAAUAGUGCUGUUGGGAGUGUCAGGUGUGGGAAAGUCCACAUUCAUUAACGCUUUGGUCAAUUAUUUGACUUACGAGAGUUUGGAUGCGGCCAAAGAUGGACAGCCUAUAUGUCUAAUACCCGUUAACUUUACGAUAACUGAUCCAAAGACUUGGGAGUCAAAGGUAGUAACAUUGGGUGACCAGGAUUUUAAUGAAAACACUGAUGACUCGACUAAAUCUGCCACACAAUACCCCAAAUGUUAUAACUUUGAAGAUGAUAAGAUUGUGCUCAAUAUAAUCGAUACGCCGGGAAUUGCAGACACGGAUGGCGUGGAUAAAGACAAUAGAAAUAUGCAAAACAUAUUAGACUUUAUCAGCAAUUAUUCAGAAAUCAACGCUUUUUGUAUACUCUUAAAGCCAAACGUGACGAGAGUUGACGUCGUAUUCAAGUAUUGUUUGCUUCAAUUGUUCACUCAUUUGAAUAAAAGCGCCGCAAAUAAUAUACUAUUUCUGUUCACAAACUCCCGGAGCACUCAUUACAUGCCCGGAGAAUCGGGUCCCGCAUUAAUGAGUGUUUUGAAGCAAAUCAAGGAAAUGCCGCCAAAUGUUGACAUCCCUUAUAACUCAAAAACAACGUAUUGUUUCGAUUCCGAGUCGUUUCGAUAUCUCGUGGCUUCGGUUCCGCCAAAUGAUGUACAGUUUGAGCCGAGUUUUAAACCAUUGUAUGCCAAAAGUUGGGACAGAUCUGUGAGUGAAUGCAAGCGUCUAUUUAAUUACAUAACACAACUCACACCACACAAAGUGAUGGACACAUUAUCGGUGAAUAACGCCAAACAAAUCAUACAAUUACUAACCAAACCGUUGGCCGACAUCACGAAGAAUAUCAUCGAUAAUCUCAAUGAAUGCGAAACACAUAGACAUGAGAUCAAAGUCUUCUCGGGAUCUCUCGAAGAGCUAAACAAUAAGCUAUACAUACCGUCGGUUGAGAUAAUAUCCGUACCGUUAGACCGGCCAAAGACUGUGUGCGGGGCCGACGAGUGCUGCGAACGCAUCGAUAAUAACGGCGCGACCACCGAGAUCAAUUACACCAGCAAGUGCCAUUCACCAUGCUACCUCGAGUUUAGCGAUGGCAAUGUAGUGGGCAAUAAGGGUUUACUCAAAUGCAAAGCGUUCACCAGACACAGUAGCGCAGAUCGUGACCCAGCUCAUAAUUCUGACCAUGGUCAGUCGUGGCUGAGCAGAGCGUUGGCCGCGCCCACAGGUAUCGUAAGGGAUCGGUUAAACCAGUCGUACAGUUGCUUAAAAUGCGGUCACAGUUACGAGAAGCACCUGCACUUAAAAAUACUGUGCGCGCAGUGUUACUGGUUCCACCGGCUACUCCCACACCCGGCUGCGUAUGUCAGCCACGACUACCGCCGCCUCUAUGUCCUCGCUGUCUAG